UCUUUCUUUCUUUUUUUUUUUGGUAGUGAAGGGGGAUUGGAUUGUUUGCUUUCAGAACGAGGACCUGGAAUUGUUGCACUGAUUGGUAGUGUCCUUUUGGAGUGACUGUCGCAUGAAUUCUUUGGAUAUCUCUGGGGAAACAGAAAACUUGAACGCUCUUUGUUUCCCACUUUUCAGCUUUUGAUACGAAACUGAAAAAGUUCCAGAAAGCUGAUCUGCCUAAGUUAAUCAUCCCUGAAGAGUGGUGGUCCCACUAUGCACUAAAACAAACCUAUCUUCUGUGUGAACCAAAACAGAAAAACAGCCUGCAAAACACCUGUAAAGAGAUAUCUGUCAUCACAUGGGAAUUUGAGGAGCUGCUAUAUGGCACAUUCACAAUUGAAAUUGGAGAGGAUCAACUCUUAUCAUGUCCCAGAAGACAUCUUAAUAAGAGUAAAAGGAGAGGAGGCUAUGGCUUGUCAUCUGUGCUUGCACACUAGACUUAUAUAUAGUUAUUCUGUAUACUAAUCCAAAGCAAACAUGCAGACAGUUCUUUGAAAAGCCUUCCAAAUCACAUGCAGAGACUCAGAGAGUUGUGGUAAAGAAUUAGGUUUUUUAUGCUCAGUAUCUCCAACCCAUCUAUUAUCAAUCUUUUAGAAAGAACAGAACUUGGCUGUGAAAUUAGGCAUUGGGUCACCAUUUGGCAAAGACAGUUUCUCCAGUAAGAAACAUGCCUGCUAAUGACACGUGUACUGGGCCAGAUGGGGACAAAACAGAUUUUCGAUACUUUAUCUAUGCAGUAACAUACACUGUCAUUCUUGUGCCAGGUCUCAUAGGGAACAUAUUAGCCUUGUGGGUAUUUUAUGGCUACAUGAGAGAAACCAAACGGGCUGUGAUAUUCAUGAUAAACUUAGCCAUAGCUGACUUAUUACAAGUUCUCUCCUUGCCCCUGAGGAUCUUUUACUACUUGAAUCACAACUGGCCAUUUGGGCCUGGCCUCUGCAUGUUCUGUUUCUACCUGAAGUAUGUAAACAUGUAUGCAAGCAUCUACUUCCUGGUCUGCAUCAGUGUGAGGCGAUUUUGGUUUCUCAUGUACCCCUUUCGCUUCCAUGACUGCAAACAAAAAUAUGACCUUUACAUCAGUAUUGCUGGCUGGCUGAUCAUUUGCCUUGCCUGUCUGCUCUUUCCUCUUCUCAGAACCAGUGAUGACACCCUGGGCAACAGAACCAAAUGCUUUGUGGAUCUUCCUACCAGGAAUGUCAAUCUGACCCAGUCAGUUGCCAUGAUGACUGUUGGUGAAUUGAUUGGGUUUGUUACUCCUCUUCUGAUCAUCCUGUAUUGUUCCUGGAAGACAGCUUUAUCACUGCAAGAUAAAUAUCCUGUGAACCAAGACCUUGGAGAGAAAAAGAAAGCCCUGAAGAUGAUUCUAACCUGUGCAGGGGUAUUCCUAAUUUGCUUUGCACCUUAUCACUUCAGUUUUCCUUUAGAUUUCCUGGUCAAGUCUAAUGAAAUUAAUAGCUGCCUGGCCAGAAGGGUGAUUCUGAUAUUUCAUUCUGUGGCCCUGUGUCUUGCUAGCCUGAAUUCCUGCCUUGACCCAAUCAUAUACUACUUCACCACUAAUGAGUUCAGAAGACGACUUUCAAGACAAGAUUUGCAUGAUAGCAUUCAACUCCAUGCAAAAUCCAUUAUGAGCACGCAUACCACUUCUACCAUGACAAAUGAAUUAUGCUAAAAAAAAUCCCAAAUGUGGCCCAAAGUACAGGCAUAUCAGAAAACAUUUGCAAUAUCCUAAGCCUCAGAAAACUACUCAAAGGAAAUAUAGCUUUACAGUUAUGUUCCAUCUUAACUAUAUGGGAAAUUUAUAUCUUCAUAAUAGGACCUAUUUGGAGUAUUGUGCUCCAUAAUCAUUGAUAUUGACAGUAUAUUUAGUAAAUUUGUUAUCAAGUCUCUAAGACAUAAGCUAUAAAAUUUCAGUGACAUCCUGUAAACCUAUGCUCUCAACUGGAGUCAGUAAUUUUAUCUGUGAACCUAAGGCACAGAGAGACUGUUGACUUGGGGCUACCAUAAGGAUUUGGUUUUGUUAGAAAGGACAUUGCAUUCAGAGGCAAUGUAGUUGUCUGUUUAUCUCAAUAAUCACAGUUUAUUUUAUAAUAGUAUAUUUUUGGUUGUAUUCUAAGAUGGACAGUAUGUUACUCUGUGUUAACAAUGUGUCAUAAACAUGGGAUCAUUUUUUAUCUUCCACAUGUGAUAACACUCCAGGGUUUAAAGAUUCAAAUAGCUACUUCCUUCAUUUCAAUGUCAAUAUUAAACAUCAUCUGGCACACCCAUUCAUAGAGUGAAAACCUGAACUCAGGCCUCUGGUUUGUUUAAAGUAAGAACAAUAUACAAAUUCACAUAAUAUAAUUUUCUAUCAUGCUAUAAGAUGCCAUGUUGAAUCUACCCAGGGCAGGUAGCUUACCCAAGCCAUACAGUGUGACACCAGUGGCCCAGGAAACAACAGAUAGGUGACCUUCACAGCCCUGUCACCCUUAAACUAUUUCCAAAAACAUCUAUGGAGAUGUAUGGCACUAUCUAUUAGAGAGAGUUUCCACUGGGCUUCUAGACUGAUAGUGAGGUACCCCUUACAUUAGUCAUUGCAUUUUCUGAGCCUGUGGUAGAAGUAGUGCACUAAUUAAUCCAUAGGCUUGGGCCAGAGUGAAAAGAUGAAGCAGUGUUUCAUAUGCCUAUUCAAAACCUCACUGCACUGUAUUUCUUACUCUAAGCUAGGUGUCAACUGUCAUGCCACCUACAUAAGCCAGAGUUGGAAGACAGCUAGGCAUGUGAACCCUAGAGUCUGCAGUGAUUUUUCUGAUCCAGUCUUGCCCUAAUUAUGUAAUUCUGAAGUUUGUACAGCUUACUUCCUAGCAGCUGGAGAAGGCAAUUUUUCCACCUUUUAAUAAAUGUGCAGAAGAGUAAUUUAGGCGGUCUUGGACACCUUUUACAAUACCUUGCCUACCCUCUGUUACUAUUAUUAUGCAGGAAACAGACACAAAAUAUGAGUAGUAAUUAAACCUGAGGUAUUAGAAUAUUUAAAACAUAUUUUAGCUAAGUGCUGUAACAUUUUUAAGGAAAUAAUUUACUUAAAAUCGGUGUGCUAUAUAAUGAAGACACAUGCCACAGGAAUGUAGAAGCAAACCAAGAGUUCUAGCAUAUUUAGAGGAAGAAUUUUUUUAGGCAUGCAAUUAUGAUACUAAUAAAUUUGGGGGGAAACCUGGUGAAAUCCUAAUGAAUUAUACUAUUUGAGAUUAAUGGAAACUUUUCUUAAAUUUUCCUUGGACAACUGUUGAAUUUGCUUGCAUUUUGUCAUUAAAAUAAUACCCUAUUAGAAAGCUAACUUUGUGCUGCUAGAAAUAAGGUAUCUAUGUAUCUCAUUAUUCAUUGUAAGGUACAAGUUAUGAUGUACCAAAGCAGUGUUAAACUGAAUUUUUAAAAGGGAAACUAUAAAUGUGUCUGGAAUGUCUGCUUUAAAAUGAUUUGAAUUUGAAUAUAAUUUAGUAUUGUAAUGGGAUUGCAAGUAACAGUUUUGUGGAAUUGUGAACCAACUGUGGGUACUUGUAAUGUAAGAGUCUUGUCUAUACUAUAUGUGUUUACUGUUUUCUGGAUUAGCAUGAAUUAAUACUUCUUACAGUCUAUUUGUGAAACCAGUGAUUUAAUCUUAUUAACAUAUUAAUUUCACUCUUAAAAUAUCUUAGUUUUAUAAAGGAGAGGAGAACUAUUUUCAGGAUAUUACUUACUUUCUUAGAGCCUAUUUGUUAAGCAGCCCAGAAGCACUAGCAUCUCAUAUCAUUUGGGGAGAGGAUAAGUGUCCAGUUUUCUUAUGCUGCUUACCUAGUGCCACUCAUUCUCCUAAGGCCUUCCCAUCCAGGCUUUUAUUUAGCGCCCUGAUUUACUUUAUCCACCUCUCCCCCACCAUCAAUAUUUUUGUUUUAUACUGUAUUCCCUUGCUCAUCUACUCAGUAAUCUAAUCAAAUAAUUCUCACUAAGGUGCUAAUGACUAAUAUUAGCUUAAUAUCAGUUUACCAAAGGAUAUCUGAAUUUCAUGAUAAUGGAGAACUAAGCCUUAACCCAAAGUCAUGAUAUUCAGUGGAGGAAUUGCAGGUACUAGAGCAAAUCAGAGGGAAAGAUAUUUUGAAGAAAGUGGGUCUUGAAGCAGUGCCUUUCAGAUUACACCAGGUGAACCCCUAUUUUUGCUUACCAUAAACAGGAUACUAAAGGUAUAUAGCAUCCUAAGGAAUAUAUCCACAAAUAUGGAUAUCAGUUUCUUAGACCUCUGUUUUCUGCUUUUCUUUUUGCUUUCUGUCCUUUCAAUUUCAGACCUGAUUUCCAGGGAAAAGUCUAAACUUAGGAGAGAAGCACUGCUGCAACUGCUAUACGGAUAGCAGCCUACUUUCUGAGCUUCUCCUUUCCUUGGGGAAUCCUCUCUCCAGACCUCCCACUUAUCACUAGGAGUUCCAUGAAAUUGGGGUAUAAAGAGUGAAUACCCUCAACUACAGUAAUACAUACUUUAAGAUAAUCUCACAUCUCCUAUAAAAGUUGUUUGAGUUUUUAUUCUAAAAUAUGCAUAUACCUAUUCCAACCGGAGAGAUUUUGAUAGUGUAAUUCCCAAGUUAUUAUUGUUAUUGUCAUAAUUGUUAUUAUUGUUACACUCAAAUUGUUUAUAUUUUUCAUUGUCAUUCAGUCAAACAGCCAUGAAAAGGAGCCAUCUGCCCCAAGAACAGCAGACCAAGCUGCUGUGGUUUGAAGGGGCUCAUCAGUAGAACUCUCGUGCAACUUAAUUUUCAUGUCACUUUUUGUUUUAACUUCCAUAAAAUACUGUGAAAAUGUUGCACUUAGAAUUUAUUUAUGGCUAUAAUUUAUAAUAUUCAUUUUAAUAAUAAAGAUGGACUCUGUAAUUAUAUAGAAAGCUUCUGCCUCCAGAAGUCAUUGUGUAUCUUACCCCUCCUUUCAGCAAACUGAUAGAAGUGGGGCUUUUUAUUAGUAUUGUCACAUACAUGGUUGAAAAUCCCCUCAGUCUCUACUCUCCCUUUCUCUUCCUGGCCAUACUAAGAUUGGACCAAGUUUACAUAAAUGAUGUAAAGCCCUGUAUUUGCUACAGCAUAGUCUAUGGAGAGAAAAGUAGAUGAAGGAGGGGCAGAGGAAAUUUUUCUUUUUAUUCUUAAAUUGUUAGUACUUGACAGUCUGAUUUUUCUUGCAGAUUGACAGGAAAAAACACAUCUGCCACUGUUCUUCCACAAAGAGGUCUACUUAAAAAUGUGAAGUCUGGAAAAUUGUCUCUGGCCUACCCUUAAUCCUAGCUCUCUUUCUUCCACUUUAGUGACUCCCUCCUCAUUACACUCCCUCCUCAUUACACUCUAUAUCUAUAUGAAUUUAGGAGGCCUAGUUAUCUUCUGUAAUAAUCAAGUUAUCAAUAAUAAUAUUAGUGGUAAAGGCUUUCCUAAGGAAGAUUUUCUGAUGCUUUGGCAUACCUGAAGCAAAUAAUGGGAUAUAAACACAGGACUUAAUCCAUGCUUCAAAUGCCCUCAAAUCAUAUAGGUGUCUCCUCUGUGUUCUGAAGCCAUCCCCAAAGUAACUUCACUACCAUUUUUUUGGAGAAGGAGGGAGGUAAAUGUUCAAAUAAUUGUGGCUGUCUUAAUUUUCUCAUUCCUCAGUUACUAAAAGACUUGGUGGGUAGUAAUAUUUGUGAACUUCACAGAUGAUUUCCUCAGCAGAACUUCCUCAGCCUUAAACAUUUAUUCAAUGUUGCUAAGAUCAUAUUUCUUCCUAUAUUGUUUUUUUUACUAAGUUCUCUUUAUCCAACUCUUUAUGGCACAUCUGCUGAUUCAUCAAUAAGGGUAACCUUUAUUCAAGGCCUUAUAUUUGCCUCUUUGGAUCUCUUCAAUGAAUAGAGUCACUGUUCCAUGGAGAGGACUGCCAUUAGUCCUGUCCUCCUGACCCCAGUAUCUUCUUUGUUUGCAGGAGCUUCAGAAGCCGAGAUGAGAGCCAGACCUCAGUUCUUUCCUGUUUAGUUUCAUUCCGGCCCAUAAUGGAGAGACUUUUCAGCCUGCUCUAAAUAAUAUUGAAUACCCACAACUUGUGCACACACAGGUAGUGUUCAUUCCUUUCUAAAUAUUAAUCUAAGAAGAGGAAGAAGCAAACAAAGAGAGUUUGAAUAAUGAUUGUCCAAAUUAUGGGCUCAGGGAAUGGAAGCAAGAAAGAAGUGGUCUUAUUAUAAACUCCCCACACCAUCAUUAAGUAAAGUAAAUCAUGUAAUCCUGGAUUAAAAUUGUCUGAAUCACAUGAUUUCCCUAUGUCACUAAACACGUGAACCUUUUCACUCAGAUGCAUGAACAGAAAUUUUAAAUCUGUCUUAAAUUGGUCAAUUGCUCAUUGAAUAGAUGAAACAUUCUAUCAUGGAAAAGUUAAAAUAUAUUCAAAAGAAAAUUGAUUGGUAUAAUGAAACCCAUAUAUCCAUUAUUCAGCUUCAACCAAUAUGAACA